AUGGCGACGCAGACAAUUUCUCGAUCCAUCCUUCGCCGGCCGGCGGAAUCCCUUUCGAGAAUCUUCACUCGCUCUUUCGCUUCGUCAUCUCCUCUCGCCAAUUCUCUGACGGCUUCUCGAUCUGCUUUCCCGGUGCUGAACCGUUCCCGUCCUCUCGUUGCCGGAUUCUCCACAAUUCUCCGUGCCGGUCAGUGUUCAGCUAGAGAUCUGUCAACGCAAGCUACUUCGUCUUCACUGACUUAUUCGAACCCUAAUGGGUCGAACCGGCCACCAAAUGAGACGAUUUUGCUUGAUGGUUGUGAUUUCGAGCAUUGGCUUGUCGUUGUGGAAGCGCCUGAACCCCAUCUCUCUAGAGACGAAAUCAUUGACUCCUACAUCAAAACCCUAGCCCAGGUUGUUGGCAGUGAAGAAGAAGCGAGGAUGAAAAUCUACUCUGUUUCGCAUAGAUGCUACUUUGCUUUUGGAGCUCUCGUUUCAGAAGAUCUUUCACACAAGCUCAAAGAUUUGCCUAAUGUUAGAUGGGUUCUUCCUGAUUCCUACCUCGAUGUGAAGAACAAAGACUAUGGAGGAGAACCUUUCAUUGAUGGAAAGGCUGUUCCUUAUGACCCAAAGUAUCAUGAGGAGUGGAUAAGGAACAAUGCUAAAGCAAAUGACAGAAACAACCGCAAUAACAGGAAUCGCAACCCGUCAGAUAGAGGCAGGGAUUUUGAGAGGCGAAGAGAGAACAAUAGGGGAAACCAAGACAUGGGCUAUAAUAGAGGUCCACCACCAAACCAGGGUAUGGGAGGCGCUGCACCGCCGCCGAACUUGAACCAGAACUACAGAGGACCUCCUCCUCCACCAAACUAUCAGGGAACACCACCACCGAACAUGAACCAGAGCUACAGAGGACCUCCUCCUCCACCAAACUAUCAGGGACCACCACCACCGAGCAUGAACCAGAGCUACCAGGGUCAACCUCCGCCGAACAUGGGCCAGAACUACAACGGACCACCACAGCCGCCACCAAACAUGAACCAGAACUACAACGGACCACCACAGCCGCCACCAAACAUGAACCAGAACUACCAGGGACCACCACCACCGAACAUGAACGGAGGAUGGUCUGGAAACUAG